GGCUCGUCAAACAUAAAUAAGUGACACUCAGUAUGUAUUCUGCAAAACAAAAAAGAAAAGAAAAACUGGGAACAACACAGCGUCGUACGCUUUACCACGUUCUCUUAUUUGUGUAUUUUGGCUCCUCCUUGGAUGUAAGUGUGUUGGGAUAUAUGCACCAUGGCGAGCCUUCUGCGCAUUGUGGCAACCAGCUGCUCGGCCCCUGUGUUCAGAGGGGUGUCCUAUGUGCAACCGAGGACGGCCAGUGCCUUCAAAUCAAAUUGUGUACGCUUCUUCAGGACACAACAAGCUCUUGGAAGAUGUGCGAGUCCAGGCAUUCCCUACAAACAACUGACAGUUGGCGUUCCUAAGGAAAUUUUUCAGAAUGAACGCCGUGUCGCGCUGUCUCCAGCUGGUGUCCAGGCGCUCACUAAACAAGGUUUCAAUGUUGUUGUGGAGUCUGGAGCUGGAGAGUCUUCCAAGUUUCCAGACGAACUGUAUUCCCAGGCCGGUGCAACUAUUAAAGAUGUCAAAGACGUCUUGGCAUCCGAUGUGCUUGUAAAGGUACGUGCUCCCAUGUUCAACUCUACAUUGGGAGCCCAUGAGAUCGAGUUAAUGAAGGAUGGAGCCACCCUGGUCAGUUUUAUCUACCCAGCUCAAAACCCUGAGCUUAUGGGCCUGCUGUCCACCAAGAACACCACUGUCCUGGCCAUGGACCAGGUGCCAAGGGUCACCAUCGCCCAGGGUUAUGAUGCACUUAGCUCCAUGGCCAACAUUGCAGGGUACAAGGCCGUGGUGUUGGCAGCCAAUAGCUUUGGUCGGUUUUUCACUGGACAGAUAACGGCUGCAGGGAAAGUCCCGCCUGCAAAGGUGCUUAUCAUUGGCGGUGGUGUGGCUGGGUUGGCUGCAGCUGGUACUGCCAGGGCCAUGGGGGCCAUUGUCAGGGGCUUUGAUACUAGAGCUGCAGCCCUGGAGCAGUUCAAGUCCCUGGGUGCGGAGCCCCUGGAGGUGGAUAUUAAGGAAUCAGGAGAGGGCCAGGGAGGCUAUGCUAAGGAGAUGUCUAAAGAAUUCAUAGAGGCAGAAAUGAAACUGUUUGCCAAACAGUGUUUGGAUGUGGACAUCCUUAUUAGCACUGCUCUCAUCCCUGGUAAGCGGGCGCCUGUGCUGAUUUCUAAGACCAUGGUCGAGAGCAUGAAAGAUGGGUCUGUAGUGGUGGAUUUGGCUGCUGAGGCUGGGGGAAACAUUGAGACCACAGUUCCUGGGGAGCUGUCAGUACACAAGGGGGUGACCCAUAUUGGAUUCACAGACCUGCCCAGCCGUUUGCCCACCCAGGCCAGUACUCUGUACUCCAAUAACAUCACUAAGCUGAUCAGGGCCAUCAGCCCCAGCAACGAGAACUUUUACUUUGACGUGAAGGAAGCGUUUGAUUACGGGACCAUGGAUCACGUUGUCAGGGGAUCUAUUGUCAUGCAGAAUGGCAAGAACCUGUUCCCAGCUCCGCAGCCUAACAAUGUACCUGUGGCAGCUCCACCUAAACCAAAGACUGUCCAGGAGCUGAAGGCCGAACAGGCCUCACAGAUUUCUCCCUUCAGGGCAACACUGAACACUGCUGGGGUGUACACUGGAGGUUUUACCACCCUGCUUGGUCUAGGUCUGGUUGCUCCCAAUGCUGCCUUCACCCAGAUUGUCACCACCUUUGGCUUGGCUGGCAUUGUGGGAUAUCACACGGUGUGGGGGGUUACUCCAGCCCUGCAUUCUCCACUCAUGUCUGUCACUAAUGCCAUCUCAGGUCUGACAGCGGUGGGUGGUCUGUCGCUGAUGGGAGGAAGCUACACACCGACAUCUACUGCUGAGACGCUGGCUGUGCUCGCUGCCUUCAUUUCAUCCGUUAACAUCGCUGGUGGGUUCCUCGUGACAAAGAAGAUGUUGGACAUGUUCAAGCGGCCCACCGAUCCUCCAGAGUACAACUACCUUUACAUGCUUCCCACCGGUGUCUUUGUCGGAGGCUACGCCGCGGCUCUGCAAGCCGGGUACAACAUUGAACAGAUGAUGUACCUGGGUUCAGGUCUGUGCUGUGUUGGAGCCCUGGCAGGCCUGUCAAACCAAAGCACAGCCCGUCUGGGUAAUGCCCUAGGAAUGAUGGGUGUGGCCGGGGGCAUUGCUGCCACUCUGGGUGCCCUCAAACCUAGUCCAGAGCUCCUGGCACAGAUGAGUGCAGCCAUGGCAGUGGGUGGUACUGCUGGCCUGGGCAUCGCUAAGCGGAUCCAGAUCACGGACCUGCCCCAGCUGGUAGCAGCCUUUCACAGCUUGGUGGGGCUGGCUGCCGUGCUCACUUGUGUGGCAGAGUACAUGGUGGAGUACCCCCACUUUGCCACGGACCCCGCAGCCAACCUCACCAAGAUAGUCGCAUACCUUGGAACCUACAUCGGCGGUGUCACGUUCAGUGGCUCACUGGUGGCCUAUGGAAAACUACAAGGUUUGCUGAACAGUGCUCCCUUGAUGCUCCCUGCACGUCAUGCCCUGAAUGCCAGUCUUUUGGCAGCAAGUGCCGGUGGUAUUAUUCCCUACAUGUUGGAUCCAAGUUACACCAUGGGCAUCACUUGCCUCGGCUCUGUCUCUGCUCUUUCUGCCAUCAUGGGUGUAACUUUGACAGCAGCUAUUGGAGGGGCAGACAUGCCGGUGGUAAUCACGGUACUAAACAGUUACUCCGGCUGGGCCUUGUGUGCCGAGGGCUUCCUGCUCAAUAACAACCUGCUGACCAUUGUAGGAGCCCUCAUUGGAUCCUCUGGAGCCAUCCUCUCCUACAUUAUGUGUGUGGCCAUGAACCGUUCACUGGCUAAUGUGAUCCUGGGUGGCUACGGCACAUCCUCUACAGGCACUGGUAAACCCAUGGAGAUCGUCGGCACACACACGGAGGUCAACGUGGACCAGACCGUCGACAUGAUCAGAGACGCGCAAAACAUCAUUAUCACUCCAGGUUAUGGACUGUGUGCUGCCAAGGCCCAAUAUCCCAUUGCUGAGUUGGUGAAGAUGCUUAGUGAAGCCGGCAAAAAAGUCAGAUUUGGAAUUCACCCAGUGGCUGGGCGUAUGCCUGGUCAGCUCAAUGUACUAUUGGCUGAAGCUGGCGUUCCCUAUGACAUUGUCCUGGAAAUGGAAGAGAUUAAUGAGGACUUUGCUGAGACAGACCUGACUCUGGUAAUUGGUGCCAAUGAUACAGUCAACUCAGCAGCCCAGGAAGAUCCUAACUCCAUCAUUGCCGGUAUGCCAGUGCUGGAGGUCUGGAAGUCCAAACAGGUGGUUGUGAUGAAGCGGUCUCUGGGUGUGGGUUAUGCAGCUGUGGACAACCCUAUCUUCUACAAGCCCAACACCGCUAUGUUGCUUGGUGAUGCCAAGAAGACCUGUGAUGCUCUCCAGGCAAAGGUCCGCGAGACUCAGAGCCAGUAGAACGGCUCCGAGGUGCCACGCUGAGCGGAGAGGAACGGUGGGAAAGUAGCUGUUUGAGAUGCACAGUUUUCCAAAAACAUCUCAACAUGAAAAUCAUCAUUGUCUGAUUAUAACUACGCCAAUGGAACAAAGAUGAUUAAGAUAAAAGGCUUUUGGGCAACCUUGCCCAGGGUCUAUAGAUAAAAAUUGUCAGAGAUAAUGCGCUGAUCGAGACCAGAUUUGAUAAAAUUUAUGUGGAUAUGUGCCCCACAGCAGUAGUAUGGGAGUUUUUUUGUUUGUUUUGUUUUGUUUGUUUUUUUAAUUUCGUUUGGCAUUUUCGAGAUUUUAUUUGUUUAUAGAAAUUAAAUGAAGGGAGCACUGAUCAGGUGCACAUACCCAUGUACUCUCAGUACAAGGGCACUGAGAGUGGUUAGAAUUGGUUAGAAUUUGAAAAAAAAAAAACCAAUCAAAAACCUGGAUGUAUU